UCCACCUUAAGUUCAAGUUUAAUUAAAUUGGGUGUGCUCACUGGUGAUUGUGAUGCCUUUUUGUUGGCUGCUGCAGCAAAGCGGAUUAACAAAUUUAACAAAUCUACACUUUUCUGUUUUGAUGAAAUCGAGGUUUCUCGUUUCAAGUUGGAUUUUAGAUUUGAAAAAGCGGACAUUUUGCGAUUGAAAUCAGAGUUACGGGUUCCAGAUGUGUUAAAAAUGCCUAAUAGGACAGAAUUCAGCGGACUAAUUUGUGAGCUUUCCUGACAUAAUAAUUACACUUGUAAUUGAUAAUAAUUUUAUGGGUCCUUUCCAUAUAUUUCAGGCUUGUGUGUUAUGCUACGACGCCUUGCUUAUCCUAAUCGACUCUCAGAUCUACAAAAGUACUUCGGAUUUUCGCCUCAAGAUUUGUCCUACAUUUUUAACUCAAUGAUUAAUCAUGUUUAUGGCAAUUUUUAUCAUCUUCUGACAUCUCUCCAGUUAUGGUGGUUAUCUCUUGAACAUCUUAAAGAGUUUUCGGGAGCUUUGGUCAGGAAAGGGUGUCCAAUUCCAUCUUGUAUUGGGUUUAUAGAUGGAACCUUGCACAAAACUUGUCGGCCCACUCGAUCCCAACAAGAAGUUUAUAGCGGUCAUAAACGGUCGCACGGACUGAAAUAUCAAUCGGUAGUGACUCCAAAUGGAAUGGUUGCAAAUUUAUACGGACCUAUCCCAGGGCGAAGGCAUGACUCAUACAUGCUACAUGAAAGUGGGUUACUUGACAAAUUAGCAGUUCAUUUGGGUGGUCAAGAAAUGUACUUGUAUGGCGACAGUGGAUAUCCACUCCACAGAAGCUUAAUCACUCCACAUAUUGGAAACCAACUUUCAGACCAGCAAAAGUUAUUUAACUUAACGAUGAGAAAAUUGCGGUGUCAAAAUAUUAUUUUGUAG